GUCCUCACUCGGGUGGACUCGUUGAUUUCCGCUCAUCGUCGCAGUCUGAACCGAACAUGGCGAUGGUCUCAUUACGAAACUCUGCGUCCUCGCUGAUGUUGUUCAGCAGAAGGUUAUUCAGCCCUCAGCUAAACGCGCUCUGCUCAUAUCACGAAAAGGUGGUGGACCACUAUGAAAACCCAAGAAACGUGGGCUCUUUAGACAAAACCAGCAGGAAUGUGGGGACAGGGUUAGUGGGCGCACCAGCCUGUGGAGAUGUCAUGAAACUACAGAUCCAGGUAGAUGACAAUGGAAAGAUAGUCGACGCAAAGUUCAAGACGUUUGGCUGUGGAUCAGCCAUUGCCUCCAGUUCUCUUGCCACAGAGUGGGUGAAGGGGAAGUCGGUGGAUGAAGCGCUGAAGAUCAGGAACACAGACAUCGCCAAAGAGCUCUGCCUUCCUCCGGUCAAGCUGCACUGCUCCAUGCUCGCGGAAGACGCCAUCAAAGCAGCGCUGUCAGACUACAGAAUAAAACAGCAGGACAAGAAGGAGGAACGGGCCAAAGCUACAAAUUAAUGUGUUUUUAUGUAACAAGCUGAGUCAGUACGCUGUGAUCCAUCACUGCAAUGCUGUUUGGAAGAUUGGUUACCGUACUAUAUCCUGUGUUUGGGAGUUAACCCUUUAGAAACCAAAUUAUUUAGAGCAUUGUUAUAAAUCUGGGGGGGUGAGAGUUUAAUUUUUCAUCACGUCAUCUUCUCUUUAUUGACGCUGGUUGUGGAGUUGCAGUAAAAUUAGGAAUAUUUUAUCACAUUACAAACUUUGAAUUUUUUGUUUUUCCGCUCAUUAAACAACAUACGCAUUAUAAAUCAGAAAUAA